CUUAUGUUUCUACUAUCUGCUACUUUAAGAUAUGCGUCAUUAUGGUAUGUGUUCCUCCUUUAAAGAAAACACCGCUAUACGUUCCGACUUAAAGAUAAAGUUGUUAACUGUAUUGUGUUCUUUAAUGACAUUUUUUACAAGAACACUCUGUAAUAGAAAAGUCUAUGGGCACAUUGCGUUUAUUUACUCCUCUGUAACUUGAUAGCUUUUAUAUCUUUAAUAUAACAUAUAGCAAGUUUUUUCUAUACAAUUGCUAUAUGCUAUAUAAUUCUUACGCAGUUUGAUGAACUGUACUAGUCAAAUAAAAAAAUCAAGGCUAAUAUAGGAUUCUAAAAAAAGAAGUAUGGAGUGGUUAUUUGGAAAACGUAUAACUCCUGAAGAAAUGCUCAGGAAAAAUCAAAGAGCAUUAAAUAAAGCAAUGCGUGAUCUUGACAGAGAAAGAAUGAGAAUGGAACAGCAAGAAAAGAAGAUUAUAGCAGAUAUAAAAAAACUUGCAAAAGAUGGACAGAUGGAUGCUGUUAAAAUCAUGGCCAAAGAUCUUGUUAGGACCAGACGAUAUGUAAAGAAAUUCAUGUUAAUGAAAGCAAAUAUACAAGCAGUCUCUUUAAAAAUUCAGACAUUACGUUCUCAAAACACUAUGGCUCAAGCAAUGAAAGGUGUUACGAAAGCGAUGCAGAAUAUGAAUAAACAAUUAAAUUUACCUCAAAUACAAAAAAUUUUGCAAGAAUUUGAAAAGCAAUCUGAAAUAAUGGAUAUGAAGGAAGAAAUAAUGAAUGAUGCUAUAGACGAUGCAAUGGAAGAUGAAGGAGAUGAGGAAGAAAGCGAUGCUGUUGUAUCACAAGUGUUAGAUGAGUUGGGCUUACAAUUAACGGAUCAAUUGUCUGGCCUUCCUCAAGCUUCUGGUUCUUUAAGUAUAGCAGGAUCAAAAAAACCAAUUGCAACUACUGCAGGUAAUGAUGACGGAGGAAAUCUUGCGGAUGCUGAUGCCGAUCUACAAGCAAGACUUGAAAAUCUUCGUCGUGAAUAAAAGGGAAAGAUAACUAAUAUUUAUGUAUAAAAUUAUUUUUAAUUAGAUAUCACAAUGGAAUAUAUUUGAUGCUUAUUUAAAUUGUGCUUAUAUAUAUUUCAAGUUUGUAUUCGUUUGAAAGAUUAUACUUUUUGAAAAGUUCUUUAGUAAUUUGAUAUAUUUUGCAUAAAAACAAUGUUAUUUCUAAACGAUUGUCUGUAAAAACACUGUGGCCUCAAGACCAAAAAAUAAUGUUUAAUUUAUAAUAAAAAAAACACUAUCUUAAAGGA